UGACACACAGGAGGAGAUUGAAGUGAGCAUGGCGUCUGGAUCUGACACUCAAGAGCCAAUGGAUGUGGGCCUGCUCGAAGCAAAGACACCAGAGCGAAUCCAUGUAGACAGAACUACAAGCACACCUCUUGUGUCUGCUGUGUCCAGCCCCACACCAGCCAAGGCUUCCAGCAGUAUCAGUUCCGACACACCAGGGCAAUUUGAACAGUCGCGCACGGGCUCUUCCGUUUGUCUGUUCACAAGCUUGACUCCGAACACUAGCAGGCCUGACCCCAUGGACACAACCCCCAGUGGCUCAACUCCAAGCACCAGCAGAUGUGAACCUUUGGUAAGAAUUAUACUCGACGUGGAAAAGAAUUGCAUGUUCAUAACUAAUACGUUAAGAUUCCACUGUAGGUGCUGACUGCACCAUUCAAGUAUAUGUUCCAGGAGCAGGCUUUCAAAUACCUUAUUUCAUACAGUACAGGUGCAUAAGGGAAAACCAAUUAGACUUGAGCAUACAGUUUAAACAUAUUAUUGCCCCUUUCACGUCUACAUUUCAGUACAGUGCAGUGCCGUUAGUUGCAGCCUGUUGUAUAGUUACUGGCCCGAGGAAACAUUUCUCAAAUUAUCUGUUGCCAGCACU